UGGUGACCAAAGAGAGGCCCGAAGAAAGAAAGCAAUGGUUAUUUAUCCCAAUAUACCACUAGAACAACAAAAUUGAGUGAUAAUGUCCGGAAGUAGCUGUGUGAUAUGCAACGAACCUUUGGAGAAUGGACAAGUUCUAAUAACGAUAAGAGAAAAAGGUGUCAAAACAAUCAAUGAAGUAAGCAAACAUAGACAACAAAACGUAUGUGUUGUAGCCGGCCAAAUACUACACCAAGAAUGUCGAAAAAAAUAUACAAAUGCUAAAGAGAUUCAGAAAAUUAGUAAAGAGAAUGCUGAUAACGACAGAUUUAAUCGAGACACGCGAUCAUCACAGUAUUUUAAUUUUAGAGAGCAUUGUUUAUUUUGUGGACAGUCAGCUCAAAUGUCAGAUAGAAAAUAUGGAAUAGAAGUAUAUCCAGUUAGAACUUUUGAAUUCCAACAGAAAAUUGGGGCAAUAUGCAAAGACCGGAAGGAUUCAUGGGCUGCUGACGUUUUUGCAAAACUUGAAUAUGCACAAGACUUACCUGCAGCAGAUGCUAUAUACCAUCAGAAAUGUAGCGUUAACUUCAGGACAGGGAAAAAUAUACCUAUUGGAACACCAGAGCAAAAACGAAAAAAGCAAGGUAGACCAGAUCACACUGAGGCAAAUAUAACUUUUCUGAAGACUAUGGAUUAUUUGCAAGAAAAUGAAGAGGACCAAUUGACAGUAAAAGACCUCGUUCAUCAAAUGACACAAUUUUGUGGAGAUCUGGCAUACACAACAGUACACAUGAAAUCAAAGAUCAAAACACACUUUGGUGAUGAAGCUUUUAUUACCGACGUCUGUGGAAAACCAAAUGUGGUCAGUCUUCGUAAAACGGCAUCUGCUCUUCUGCAAGAAUUUCAUCAGAGUAAAAAAACUUCAGAACCUGAAACAGAAAAAAGAGACAUUAUCAAAACAGCAGCUAAACUCCGAUAUCAAAUCAAUGGAAUUUUCAAGGUCGGUGUAUUCAUCACCAGCUACAAUAGCAUCAUGUGAGGAAAACAUCGCAUACUUACCUGACAGUCUUAAACAGUUACUUAGUGGAAUAUUUUCUGAAAAAGAUUGCGAUCUUAAAGUGGCAGCCAUUGGCCAGUCUAUCAUGCAAGCGACAAGACCAAGAUUUCUGAUUGCUCCUUUACAACUAGGUCUAGGAGUUCAAAUGCAUCACCAUUUUGGGUCAAAAUUCCUCCUCGAUACCUUAUACCAACUUGGCUUUUCCUCAUCUUAUAAGGAAGUUCAAAAACACGGCGUGAAUUCUGCUCUCCAGAGUAAUGAUUCUCCUCAAGAACUUGAAGGACGAUUUAUUCAACACAUGGCAGAUAAUGUCGACCAUAAUAUCAGGACAAUUGACGAUCAUGGGACAUUCCAUGGAAUGGGGAUAAUAGCAGGCAUCACACAAGGUUAUAACCACAAAACUAUUGUGCAGAGAUUGAAUGUUUCGCUUGACGAUAUUGAACAAAUAGGGAAAAUCGAUCUCCAUUAGUACAACUUUGACCGAACAUCAAAACUUAGUUUAAAAUUCGAAUCACUCGCAGCACAGCAUUCGGAUUCGUUACCCUUACCCGAUAGCAUCAGUCUUCUCUGUAGUACUCUUUGGUCAAAGAAAAAGAUUGGGUGGUCGGCAAUGUGUAAUUUAGUGCAAGAUGGAGCAUACCCUGGUAAAUCGACAAUUCUAUUUUGCCUAUGAUAGACCUUGAGCCGGGAAACCUUUCAUGUAUCUUUUCGACCAUGAAGUUCGUAUGUAAUGAAGCGUUUAAGUACAGAGCUAAUCCAAUGCUUACAUUUGAUCAACCGCUUUAUUGGAAAGCACUUACAAUUAUCGACAAUGAACCAAAGGAAAGCGAUUUGAAAUCAAUAGUUCUCAGAUUAGGAGGUUUUCACCUAGAAAUGAGCUUCCUGGGAUCGAUUGGUAACAUUAUGAGCGGAUCUGGACUAGCUGAGCUCAUGGAAACUGUCUACGCACCUAACGCUGUUUCGCAUAUGUUAACCGGAAAGGCAGUUGAAAGAGCAGUACGAAGUCAUUUCCUCAUUUAUAAUGCUUUAACCUCAUUAUUGAUGUGCGAACAGUUUCAGGUAUCUUCCGCUGUCUUGAAAGAUAAUGACAUUGAAAAUGGAGAACAUGUUUCAUUUCUUGAAGAAACUUCAGGUGACAUGAUAAGUGAAACUGAUAUUGAAGACUCUGAAAAUCACAGUGAAAACACUUUUCCCCAGGAUUUAAAUGAGUUAUUAUUUUGAUGAAAUCCUCGAACAACGUGUUCCAGUAGACACCCUUGAUCAAAAUGAGAUAUUGAGAAAAAUACGCGACAGUAUAUCAACUUUUAGAAAUCACAAAUCGAAUACCGGACAGCUCGACUAUGGUUUUUAAAUAUGGAUAUGGUGGACUUGCUGCGGAAAUUCAUUAGAGCUGAAAGAACUGGAAACUGGACCAGGCACAGAAAACACCAUUGGCAGAUGAAAUAUGGAACACGGGAAGUUGUGUAUUUUCAGAGGACCAUGGUACCAAUGUUCACCACGUAAUCGACGGUGGUUCCCUGAUACAGCGAAUCCCAUGGAAAAAAGGUGCGACAUUUGCAGAAAUAUGUCAGUUAUACAUCGACCAUAUUAAUAACAGAUAUCCCAUUCCAAUAAUCGUCUUUGAUGGGUAUGCGUCGGGACCAACGACAAAAGAUCAUGUACAUGAACGGAGAUCGAAAGGGGUGACUGGUACACACAUCUCAUUUAAAGAUAGCACACCGUUUAAAUCAAAGAAGGAAAUUUUCUUAGCUAAUAGAGAAAACAAGCAAAACUUCAUCAAUAUGCUUUGUAAUAAAAUGGAUAAUGAAGGAUUUAUUUCUCUUCAAGCUGCUGCUGAUGCUGAUGUUCUUAUUGCAUCAACUGCUGUAAGAUAUGCAUCUUGUUUCCGUACUGUUGUAGUUGGAGAAGACACUGAUGUUCUCAUACUACUGCUUUUCCAUGCAGAGGAAAAUUCUAAACCAUUGGUUUUUCGAUCCGAUAAAAUUCGAAAGUCCAAGGUAUGGGAUAUCAAAAAGACCAAAGAGUUGCUUGGAAAUGAAAUAGUUUAUUUGUUACCAUUUAUUCAUGCUUUCACAGGAUGUGACACGACAUCUAGGCUUUAUGGCAUAGGAAAGAAAGAAGAACUGAAGCGGUUGCGUGGGAAUGCCAUUUUCAGAGAGUUAGCUUCAGUAUUUUUAAAACAAGAUGCAACUUCAGAUGAUAUAAUACAAUCAGGACAGUCAGCUCUCGUUAUAUUAUACGGAGGUGAGACCGGAGAAAGCUUAGACUAGUUACGCUACAGGAAAUUUAAUCAUAAAGUUCUUACCAAUUCUUUGUCUUGCGUACAUGUCCAGUCCUUGCCACCUACUUCAGAAGCAGCGUCUCAACACUAAGCGUGCAUAUUAUCAGAUCCAAGAAUGGACAAAUGACUCUGUCGAUAUGUUUAGUCCAUCAGACUGGGGAUGGGUUCUACAAGGUACAUCACUUUGUCCAAUUCGAACGAUUUUGCCUCCUGCUCCAAAGAAGUUAUUGCAUGUGAUAAGGUGUAAAUGUAAAUCCGGUUGCGAUACACGCAGAUGCACUUGUAGAAAAAACGGACUUGAAUGCAGCUCAGCAUGUAGCGAAUGUAAGGGAUUGAACUGUUCAAACUGUAAAAUACU